AUGAAGCUGCUGGCGAGGAGUAUCGACAAUGACACCAGGGGGUGGAUCUUGUCCGCAGUGAGCGGUUUAGCUUGCGUCUUUGGCGCGUCCAUCAUAUGCGUCGAUAUCUUCGUGCGCCUCCUUCCGGGCAAGGCCAACUUUCGCAUCCAAGAUAGCAACAUCUUCCUCGCGUGCUCGCUGAGCUUGAGCUUUGGCGUCAUGCUAUUCUCUUCGCUCUACAGCAUGCUCCCCGAAUCGAAAGAAUAUUUCCAGCAAGAAGGCUGGUCCGACCAAGCUGCUGGCCUUGUCAUGAUGGGCUUCUUUGCCGGAGGCUUCAUUGGUAUCCAGGCCGUCUCGAGACUCGUCCACCAGUUCAUGCCCUCCCACGUCGUCGACUGCGAUCAUAGCCAUGGCAGUGUUGCCUCUCACGACGGCCAUACGCAUGGCUCAAUCGGCCGAGCGCAUUCACGACCGAGUCGAGCCAGACGGCGCUUCUCCCAACCGCCCGACAACAAAAUUUCCGACAUUGCUGAGAAUGGUGAUGACCAGCCUCCCACAAGCGAGGUGACUCCUCUGCUCAGCUCGGAGCAUGUUCAUGCCAACCCGAUGUUGACUCGCCACACUUCCGAAAUGGUGCAGCGGUCCGGCAGCCCUCCGCCGUCUGCCCGCAGCCGUGCCAUUACCGACGAUACCGUGCUCUACACUAGACGUCAAUCCACACCUGGGCUUCGGAAGCGGAUGAUGUCCUUUUUCUGGGAUACAGAUUGUCGCUGUGACGAGUCCAAACGAUGUUAUGGAUAUACUGAUCCCUGUGGACAGGAGUGUUUCAAGCACCUGAGCAGCCGCGCCGCAAGCAACACACCCUCCCUACGCGCAACUACUGGGCAUUUCCACGCCCAUCACUCAUUCCACGCCACUCACGAUCACGGCGAUGGAGAUAUUCAUGACGUAGGCGUUAGCCCGAGCCGAAUAGCGUCUCGCGACUCCACGACCCUGACGGACGAAGGCGUCAGCGAAAACGGCUAUCCAUGCUCGCAGAUGGACGAGGGCGAUGCCGAAGCCCAGCAUCAUCACCACGUUCCAGCCAACGCCUUUCUUUCUAUUGGAUUGCAAACGUCCAUAGCCAUUGCCCUCCACAAGUUCCCAGAGGGCUUCAUCACCUACGCUACGAACCACGUCAACCCGGCUCUGGGCUUCAACGUUUUUAUGGCCUUGUUCGUCCACAACAUCUCUGAGGGCUUCGCCAUGGCUUUGCCUCUGUAUAUGGCUCUUGGUUCCCGCUGGCGGGCCAUGGCCUGGUCGGCUCUCCUUGGUGGCCUGUCCCAGCCCCUUGGCGCAGCUAUUGCCGCCCUGUGGUUCAAGCUCGCUAACAGUACCAACAUCUCGCCGAGCGGAGUUGUGUACGGGUGCCUUUUCGCACUUACUUCGGGCAUCAUGGUCAGUGUUGGACUGCAGCUCUUUGUCGAAAGCCUGAGUUUUAAUCACAACCAUAACCUGUGUAUGCUCUUUGCUUUCUUCGGCAUGUCUAUGCUGGGUCUCAGCAACGCCUUGUUCGCGGAGCACUGA